UCCGAUCUUUUUUUCUCUGUUUUUUUUCCUUUUGGGAUUGAUUUGGUUUUGCUUAUAAUCUGAUAAUCUGGAUUGGGUUUGCUGUUUCAUGGCCUUGUAGAUAUAUCUCCGAAUUACAGUGUUGGAUUAACCAUUCGCUUUGCUCUCGUUCCGUUCUCUGGUUUUGGAGGGAAUAGUAUAUAUAUGAAAUACUAUUGAUCUCGUGUGAAAAGUCUAAACUUUCCUGAAGAAAUAAUCAAGGGUUUGAUUUGAUUUAGGGUUUUGGAUUUGAUUCUCUGAGCAGGUGAUGAAAGUCACCGAUUUGUUAGAUUUUGGGCGAUGAGUUCGGAUGCUAAGUGUUUUCAGGAAAUCUCAUUUCUUGAACAACCUCGUUCUGAUGCCCUCUGGCUUUCAACUUCUCGAACCAGAGAAUUUCAGACCAGGUUCAUCAAGAGCUGGUUGCAUUUGAAAUUUCAUCAAAAAAUAUCAUAAGCUAGUGAAGUCGAUCAAACUUUUCUAUAAUCAUUUGAUUAUCUCCUCUCUAAUUACUUCUGUUCUUGGAAGCUCUAUAGCAUUAGAUCUCAGAGCUCCAAAGCCUUGAUGGUUAUGAUUUAACCGAAAUUGGGCAACUUUCUGUACUGUAAUGGAGACGACGGUGAUCUUUUCCUAUAAUAGCAUUUGUGUGCUUAGCUAUACUUUCGGUUCUCCGUGUCUCAAUCAGGAAUUACCGAAACCAGAAACAUGGAAAAUGACUGGUUUGGUUCCAAAACACCGUCCUUGGUACGUCUUUGAUGAUUAUACGUUAACGUACGGUAUACAGCUCAAAGCAAAACCCGGUUGAGGAUCGAUAGAAUAUCUUGUUCUUGACGAAAAUGUUUGCUAGUAGAAGAAACGGUCACUACUAUUAGAUGAUAAAAUGGAGCAAAACAAGAAAACAUGCACUACUUGCAGACUUAUACAUCUUGAUCCCGAGGUUCAACCUUGCAUUGCAUCACUUGUGUUUUUAUUUUUGACACUCAUGAACUUUAUACUUGGUCUUUUGGCAUCUAAGAUUCAUGAUGCCAGAAAAGUUUGGCUUUUUCCCCCUUGCCAUAGCCAUAGCCACACUUCUGUAAAUUUUGUUCUGGCUGCAAAAAGCAUUUAUCUUCCCACUGAUUUCCAUGUGUACCUUAAUGCACAGGAAGAGAUGGAGCAGCUCGAGAAGAUGGAGAGAGCAUCAACGUCGUGCCAAGAGUUCUUAGACAGUGUGGACAACAAACCCGACCCUCUUCUUCCCGAAACAACAGGUCCAGUUAAUCAGAUGUGGGAUCGAUGGUUUGAAGGACCUCAAGAACCAAAAAACUGUGGAUGCUCCAUUCUUUGACGACGUUUUCUCCCUUUAACAAUUUUUGUUCCCCGGAAAGUUUCCAGUUUGUUCACAUUGUUUCCUCGGCGAUUUCCAAAGUUUUUUUUCUUUUACCUUGUUUGAGUUCUGAGCAGAGAAGAUUUGAUGUAAUUGGCCUCAAAUGAUUUACUUGUGCAGAUUUUUUACAGCCACA